AGUACCAUGAGUGUAGUACCUUGAUGCUAGCGCUCGGUUUGUAGACCCGCGCGCAGCUUUAGAUAAAGCAGAGGCUCAUCAAUCCCCCCAAAAUUAACCAUGGAUAUCCACCGAUCACGUUUCGUACCCUUCCCGCCAUCUGCGAUCAACGCGCUUGCCUUUUCGCAUCCAGAAGCCGAACAUGGACAGCAAGAUCCCGAGUCGCUGAGACUUGCUAUCGGGCGCGCGAACGGAAAUAUCGAAAUCUGGGACCCAGCAAAGGGAUCAUGGCUCCAAGAGAAGGUCUUUUAUGGCGGUAAAGAUCGGAGCGUCGAAGGGCUGGCCUGGACUCAAGAGCCGGAUGAGCGCGAUGCACAAGGCAAGGUAGUCCCAGGUCGCUUGCGCCUCUUCAGCAUUGGAUACUCGAGCACCGUCACCGAGUGGGAUCUGACUACUGGUUUGCCCGCUCGUCAUUCGGACGGAAAUCAUAGCGAGGUCUGGUGCUUUGCGGUCCAACCUAGGCAAAAGAAUGUGGCAAAAGGAGCCGCCAAAGAGGAGGGCAAUGCGCGCCAGAGGCUAGUUGCGGGUUGCGCUGACGGUACAAUUGUUCUUCUGUCUACCGAAAACAGCGACCUUACCUUUGAGCGCUUCGUUUCGCGCGCUACGAACAAAAAGGCGCGCGCCUUGAGCAUCACAUACAAGGACCAACACACGGUUCUCGCCGGCUUCGCAGACAGUAUGAUCCGAGUAUUUGAUACCAGAAACGGAAAUGUGAUCAGGAACAUCUCCCUAGGCAGCGGGCCUCACGGUGGCCCCAAGGAGAUCUUGGUAUGGAAGGUUAAAUGCCUUCCGAACGGCGACUUUGUAUCUGGAGACUCUACCGGAGACAUUAGAACCUACAGCGGCAAGAACUACAGUCAGACACAACGUAUAUCUGGACACGAAGCCGAUGUACUCGAUCUGGCUGUGACCCGCGAUGGGUCUGGCAUUUUCAGUGCAGGCAUGGACCGACGCACCUGCUUCUACACGAGCAAGAAGGGACAAUCCCAGGGACAGAGCGGCAAAUGGCGAAAGGUAUCCCACCAAAGAUACCACGAACACGACGUCAAAGCCAUGACAACAUACGAAGGCAACAAACUCAGCGUUGUCGUCACCGGAGGUAUUGAUACACAACCCAUUGUUGUGCCCAUCCGUACUUUCGGAAAGGAACUUAGCCGUGGUCUCCCAGCCUUACCUCCUACUCCUCCCAUGACAAGUGCUCCAGACGCAAGGUUGUUGGUCAGCUGGUGGAACACCGAAGUUCGUAUCUGGCGUGUAAAACCACAGGAGGAUGGCACAGAAAAGCCCAAGGUGGUGGCACGACUCGCCCUUCAGGGUGAAGAAAACAUCAUUUCGGUUUCCAUUUCUCGAGACGGUGGGCUGCUCGCUGUUGCCACAGCCAGCACAGUCAAGCUAUUUCAACUGUUACACCCACAGGCUGGAGCUGGCGCUGGACUACGCGUGCGAAAGUUGGAAAUGCCUUCAAUCCCGGGUGCGAAGUCUCUGAGAAUUUCUGCAACUGGCAAAUGGCUCGCUGCUGUUUUGGCCACAGAUGAAAUCCGGUUGGUCAGAAUCGUGAGGACAGAUGACCCGGCAGACACGCCUCGUGCGUUGGAGAAAGUGCAAGCCUUACACCGCCUGGAUCGUGAUACUAUCACAAGGAAUUCUCUCAGCGGCCCUUCUGGGAGCUACGAGCGAUCCAUUGCACAUGCAGAUUUCUCAAGGGACGACAACGUGUUUGCUGUUGUUGACCUUGCUGGAUACGUGGAUACUUGGAUCGUUCAAGGACACGAGGAUUCAACUGCUCCAGAGAUUGAUAUCGACGACUCAACCCCUAUGGCAGACAAUGAUGGAUCGGACGAUGAAGAGGAAGAGCCGAGUGAACAGAUCACAUACCUUGGACAACACUGGAUACGAAAUCCUUCAGGUCAUCUGCUUCCCCGGCUAGACUCGACGCCUGUGCUGCUCUCCUUCCAGCCGAACCCAGAAUCCUCCGAUCGACCAGAACCCAACGGCAACCCUGCUGUCCACGCUACUAGGAACAACCCGCACCCCAAGUCACACGAGCUCCCCGCUAUAGAGUACAAACUGCUACUCGUAUCCGCAGAGCACCAACUCUACCUCUUCGACGUAAUGUCCGGCCGCCUCUCCGACUGGUCCCGCCGAAACCCCCCCUCCAGCUACCCCCGCGAAUACAAACAAAUCGACCUCCCCGCCAAAGGUUGCAUCUGGGACGUCUCCGCCUCCCAACAACGGCUAUGGCUCUACGGCGAAAAAUGGCUCUUCAUGUUCGACCUGUCGAGAGAUUUCGCCCCCUCCGACACCGAAUCCACCGGCAAAAAACGCAAGCGCGAAACCCUCAAGCACACUGCCUCUGGCGCCGGCGACAUCGUACCCAGGAAAGAAGCACCAGUCAGUAAAAUGCGCAAGUUCCACAGCGACGAAGCAGAUAAGACUGGUCGUCAGAAAUGGGUCGAUGUUAACGCUGUUCCUCGCACCAACGAUGACGACGACGACGCAGUCGACGAUGAAGACGAAGAAGAAGAGUCUACAGCUGUUGCCAAACCCGAAGCAGAUGAUACUGUAGAUGGUACCGCACUCGGCAAGCGCACUGACGCGUGGUGGCACACGUUCAAGUACAGACCCAUACUUGGUGUUGUACCCAUUGCUGCUGAUAGCGACGAUGGCUCAGCGCCAGAAGUUGUGCUUGUGGAGCGGCCGAGUUGGGAUUUGGAUCUUCCGCCCAGAUUCGUGGGGACGCAUGAGCAGUAAGUUGGGGAAUUGGCUAAGGAGGAAGGAAGGGUGAGGAGACGCACGGGAUUUACACGUCACGAGUGGAGAGUAGGAAAAGGGGGCAACGAUGGGUUAGCAUGGGGAUUCUUUUUUUCUGGUACCGCGUCGUUGGUACCUUUGAAGUUAUGUACAUUGAUUUUUUUUUCUCUUAGAAAUGUCUCAUCUGAAGAUAGAAGAAGAAGAAGAACAAGAGUGAUGCUCG